UAUCUUUCAGGAAGUAAAUAUAAGGCUAAAGGAAACUGGGGAACAAAAUGCAUCGACAGGAGCAGUGACAGAAGCAUAACGUCGUAUGGACUUGUGAAUGUGAAACACACGACGAUGUCGCAUCAAAAAGUGUCUAUCAAGGAAUACAGAGUCAUCCUUCCCAUAACAGUUGAGGAGUACCAGGUGGGCCAGCUGUACUCGGUGGCUGAGGCCAGCAAAAAUGAGACGGGCGGAGGGGAAGGCGUGGAGGUGCUGAAGAACGAGCCCUACGAGAAGGAUGGGGAGAAGGGCCAAUUCACCCACAAGAUCUACCGCCUGCACAGUAAAGUGCCGGGCAUUAUCCGGGCGCUGGCACCAGCAACUGCCUUGAACAUUCACGAGGAGGCCUGGAAUGCAUACCCAUACUGCAAAACAGUACUCACGAAUGAGUACAUGAAGGAUAACUUUUUGAUCCAGAUUGACACGUGGCACAAACCUGACCUGGGUGAACAGGAAAAUGUUCAUGGUCUACCUGCAGACGUGUGGAAGAAAGUGGAAGUUGUCCCCAUUGACAUUGCAGACCGGAGUGCCGUGAGUGACAAGGACUACAAAGAGGAUGAAGACCCUGCCACAUUUAAGUCCGUGAAGACGGGAAGAGGACCACUUGGUCCAGAUUGGAAGAAGGACCUUGCAAACGGUCCACAUAUGUGUGCCUACAAACUGGUCACUGUCAAGUUCAAGUGGUAUGGCCUGCAAAACAAGGUGGAAAGCUUCAUUCAUUCGACAGAAAAGCGCCUGUUCAACAAUUUCCAUAGACAGCUGUUCUGUUGGCUUGAUAAGUGGCAUGGGUUGACCAUGGAGGACAUCCGGAGAAUGGAGGACGAAACUCAAAGAGAACUUGAUCAAAUGAGAGAAAAAGAACCUCUGAAAGGCACGCCUGCAUUACAAAGCUAAAACCACAGCUGUCACUCACUUUGCCUUACAACACCAGCAUCUCGGCCGGACUGCAGUCUGUCUGAAGAAAGGUUAUGAUCGAGCCUAUCUUCUCAAUUUCCCCGUUGACCAGUCAACAAAGCCUUUAUCCUCGUGGUGGAUCAUCAAGUUCCUACAGCCUUACCACUUGAACGGAUCAGCCUAGUUCACAGUACACUAAUGAUUAUGGUGUUUUUUUUUCUCCCCUUCAUGAUUGUAUGUGUUUUCAUUCGGUUUGGACAUGUGGUGUCAAAUAUGGUCUAGCUUAUAUGCAGUGUGCCCUCUUUUUUAUCCUGUACAACAGAGUGGACCAAAUCCAACUGUCAGACUUUUGAUCUUCUCUCUCUUGAUUGAAUGGCCUUCAGAUGUACUUUUUACAGUAUUGUUUGCCAUACUCUUGUUUAUUUAUGGUUGGUUUACAUGUUGCUGUGGCAGUUAAGUGGCAGUCCAGUGGGGUAUUCCAAGAAUCUGGCUCAGUGGUACACCUGGUUAAGUUAACCUUGAGACAAUGGUAAAUCAUCUAAUAGAAGAGCCUGGAGUCCUCCUUUUUCUUAAAUAAGUGACUACUGCGGGCUGUCUACUAUUAGGUUUACCACUUCCUGUUGGUUAAAUUAGCCAGGUGUAUUACUUAGCCAUGUUCUUGGAAUUACAUCCCAGGCCAAGCAUGGGAUCUGUGGGUGUUUGCUGUAUGUCUGUGUGAACAUGUUUUACUCAAAAAAAAAACGGGGUAAUGGUAUAAAAACUACAUUAAUAUCUGGGGUAAAUUUUUUAUGUUCUUGACAUGGUUGUGUGGUCAAGGGAAGAAGGAAAAAAGAAACACUGUAUUUGUAUGUCUUCAGAUACACUGUAGUACUCUUUAUAUGGCAUAUCAUGAAAUUAAAAGACUUUAUAUUUA